AUGAGGACCGUCGUUAUUGACGGGGGGCGACUCCUUUUCCUGGUGAUGUGUCUGAACCUUGUGCCUCGAACGAACAGCUGCCCUGCCAAGUGUGUGUGCUACAGCGAGCCCCGGCCCACCGUGGCCUGCCAACAACAAGGACUGUUCUCCAUCCCCACCGAGAUCCCCGUGCGCAGCCAGCGGAUAUUCCUCCAGAGCAACAAGCUGACCGUGGUCAAGUCCACCAGCUUCAGCUCCUGCCACAAUCUCACCGUUCUCUGGUUGUACUCCAACAAUAUCAGCUACAUCGAGGCCGGAGCCUUUUACGGCCUGGAGAAGCUGGAGGAGCUGGACAUUGGGGACAACAGUAACCUCCGUACCAUCAGCCCGACGGCCUUCCAGGGCUUGACUAAGCUGCACACCCUCCACCUCCACAGGUGUGGCCUAUCAGAGCUCCCUGUCGGGGUUUUCCGGGGAAUGUUCUCUCUGCAGUACCUUUACCUACAGGACAAUUACAUUCUGACGCUGCACGACGACACGUUUCUGGACCUCGCCAACCUCACUUAUCUCUACUUGCACAAUAACAAAAUCAAGAUAGUGACGAACAACAUGUUCCGGGGUUUGGUCAACCUGGACCGCCUGCUGCUACACCAGAACCACGUGAUCUACGUCCAGCCCAGGGCCUUUGACGAUCUUGGCAAGCUGAAAUCCUUGUUCCUGUUCUUCAACAACCUAACCAUCUUGACGGGGGAGACCAUGAAACCCCUGGUUUCGCUCCAGUACUUGCGUUUGAACGGGAAUCAGUGGAUAUGCGACUGCCGCGCAAGGGCUUUAUGGGAUUGGUUCAAAGGUUUCAAAGGUUCCAGCUCUGAGCUGGAGUGCACUGUCCCUGAAUUCCUUGCUGGGAAAGACUUGAAGCGACUGAAAAGUGAAGACUUGGAGGGCUGCGUGGAAACACCGCAAAUCCAGACCAAUAUCUUCAGCUCCAAGGCCCAGUCGGGGAAAUUCCCUUCAACCGAGAGCCCUCUGGAGGAUAUCAUUCCCAGGUGUUGUCUCGGAGAUAACGACAAGUCCUCCAUUCUGUCUGGGAAAAUCAACCCACUCAAGGACAAGGAGAACAUGUCCAAGACGAAAUACAACCAGCACGAGAGAACAAAGAAUGAGACCCAGAACAAGCAGAACGACGGACCGCUUGGAACCUUAUCCAACACCCUGGACAAGGCGUUGGAGAACCUAAACCCUGACUUUAUAGAUAAUCCAGAAUCAUCAACAGCUUCAAACAAGAAGAAAAAGAAGUGUUCCAAAAAGCCCAAAUCGGACACCCACUGCAUCAAAGGCCGGGGUUCUACUUUGCAAGUGCUGCGCUUUCUCAUCAUUCCCAUGACCUGGAUAUCUCUAGCCAUGUCUUAG